AUGUCUCCAUAUAAGCUAGUCUAUGGAAAAGUCUGCCAUUUGCCUUUAGAACUUGAGCAUAAAGCAUACUGGGCUAUCAAAGAGCACAAUAUGUCAUUGGACGAAGCCGGAAAGAAAAGAAAGUUACAACUGUGUGAAAUGGAGGAACAAAGACAAAUGUCUUAUGAGAAUGCCAAGCUUUAUAAAGAAAAGACAAAGAAUUGGCAUGAUAACAGAAUCCAACACCGAGAGUUGAAAGGAGGGCAGAAAAUCCUCCUGUUUAACUCUAGGUUGAAACUAUUCCCGGAAAAGCUCAAGUCUAGGUGA